AUGGAGACAUACAAUUGUAAAUAAGCUGUGUGGAAAAUCGGAGUAUUUCCUAAAUUUGUACAAAGUGUUCGCAUAUACGUCAAUGUGAUAUUUGUUGUCACAGUAUUGUGACUCACUGACGCUUUAAAAACAUUUUCACCCGAAUUAACCAUUGUCAAAAAAAGUCACAGUCGAAUGAUAUUUUAUCCUUGUAUUGAUAUAUAUUUUAUCUGUUUUCUGGAAAAACUCAUUUCCGUCUUCAGUGGUCUCAAUACGUCAGAGGUAAAAACUGUUGUAGUGGGUUUAGUCAUUUGUCCAUGUUUUAGUUUGAACAUUAUUAUCAGUUGGGUUUUUUUCAGAAAAAAAAUCUCAAGUUAAUCUGUACCUAAAUGCACUUGGAAUUAAGUUAAUAUCCAUAGGCUAGACAGUAUUGCAGUGUUGGCGAUGAUAUUUUAUGUAGUGGGACAUUUCAGUGAAAAGUAAGAGGUCAAAUAAUUUACCGGUAUAUAGGGAUGACCUAGGAUUUCUCGGGUUAGAAAGCACAAGCUGAUGACAGGAAAGGUAGCAGUGACAAUCAGAUGAAUACCAUUGGAUAAAGUGUUGGGAUUUAAGCUCAGUUACACAGACGCACCUACCGAUCACUCAUGUGUAGACAGAAAUAAGAAACAUGCCAUUUGGCCUACGUUUUAAAAGGACAAGGAGAUAUGAGGUUUCGUCCAAGAACGUGUUUGUGGUUGGAGUGUCCAUGUUGGACAAUUCAUUCCUGGAAUGUACUCUAAACUCGGAUAGCACGGGACAAGAAUGUCUGGAUAGUAUCGCUCAACGCAUUGAACUCACCGAGACCCAAUACUUCGGUCUCCGCUAUGUAACCAAGAAACUACAGUUCCACUGGGUCGACCUGACCAAGCCCCUGAAGAAACAGAUUGACAAGAAUGCCCAGGCAGCCACCGCACCCCGCCUCUACUUUGGGGUCAUGUUCUACAUCCCAGGGGCUCACAGGAUCACCGAUGACGCGGCAAGAUACAAUUACUUCCUGCAGCUGAAGACUGACAUUGUAGAGGGUCGAAUCCCUAUCAUCUUAGACCAGGUGGUCCGGCUCGCAGCUUUCUGUCUGCAAGCCGAGUUUGGUGACCAUGAUUAUGACAAGAAUGCCCAAGAUUACUUCAAGGACAACAACCUGUUCCCUAAGACAAUGUGUAAGGACGACAGUGUGAUGGCCGAGAUGAUGAACGAGACGCUGAGCGGCUACAUCAGUCUCCAGGGUGUGCAUCCUUUUAAGGCUGAGAUGCAGUAUAUUAAGGAGAUACAGAUGAUGGAUGGGUACGGCAUGGAGUACUACAUAGCCAAGGAUGAGAAAGCCAAAGAACUCUACCUCGGAACUUCCUACCUGGGAAUAUUUGCUCGUUAUCUGGAUGCCCAACCUGCUAUUUUCUUUAGAUGGUCAGAGAUUGCUCGCUUGACCCAGAGUAAGAAAACGUUGGAGAUUGACACAUCCAAGUCCUCCUGUCAAUAUCAUAUGGAGGAUUCAGAAACAGCUAAAUACUUCCGGCGAAUGGGUUCUUUACAGCAGAAAUUUUACAGGGCAAACAAGGGCACUCCUAGCUCGAGUAUGGUAGAUGUGAAUGAAUUUCCCGAGUCUGAGGGCAAUGUCAUGUUGGAUUUACAACAAAGCAUGCCAACUCCUGCUGAUUUCUCCGACCAACUGACCCAGUCGCAGACAUCACUUACAUACUCCCAACAUUCCCACCAGUCACAGCAAUCCCAGGACACGAGAUUCGAGCAAGAAUUGUCCCAGUCCACGGCGUCAGAGGACUAUUACCGUCAGUCUCAACAGUCCCUAGAGACAACAAGCAGUCACGAAUUAUCACAGCAACCGCAACCACAUGUGUUUCCCGACGGAGGUGUCAUGAUGAACGGUCGAAUGUACAGUCCCAUGAUGCAACACCAGCCUAUGCAUCCACCGCAAACCCCUCCACAACCUCCUCGUAUGGACCCAUCCUACGCCAGCAGGGCUGCGGCACUUCCCGCAUAUCGACCAAGUCCAUCUUACGACGCUGUAAUGAGACAGAGAGUCAACCAACAACAAAUACAAAACAAUACACAGAUAUACGGUCAACAACAACAACAACAACAACAAGGGGAGACAAUUUCGUACACCAGCCAACAAGGGGAGACAAUUUCGUACACCAGCCAACAAGGGGAGACAAUUUCAUACACUGACCAACAAGGUCAGGCAAUUCCAUUCUCCGGUCAGCCUGGGGAGGGUUUACAAUAUACUGGCCAACAAGGUGAAGGAAUACCAUUCCCUCACCAACACAGGACAUCCGAGAUGUCUCAGUAUGGUCCGCCUGAGAACGAUUAUGUUAAUAGUACCACUAUCAGAAACUACAGCAAUAGCACAAUGUAUGCCAAUGUGUUUCAAGAGGAAAAAGCUAACUACCUCCAGCAGUACCGACCAGAGAGUAACCUCAUCAUGCAGACUACAUACAGCACUCCGGAGCUUAACUCUCAGGGGGCACUGCCCCAGUAUAGUACAGACAAUGGGUUGAACGAGACCCUCCCCUUUCAGUAUAAACCGCCCCCUCCGUACCCCCGGGCCAGUAGUAGUACACCAGAUCUGGCUGUACAGACAAGCCAUGCAAACAGCAUUGGGGAUAGUCCUGAUCUUGUGUCACGUAAAAAUCUGGGUUUGUCUGCACUGGCUCUCCAGUCUAAUCUUGACAAAAGUGUGGAAAAUUUGGCUGAUGUUGUUCCAAAACAAAGUCAGAAUGUUGUGAUAGAUGCCAGUAGGCUGGAUUCUACACCUCAGAUAGCGAUCGAUCAGGUAAACACAGGGGCCAGCCCUGUGGAUAACGAUGAUGCAUCUAGUGAUCAUUCUGGUGCGACAUUCCACGCCCGUGACACAGACAGUGAAGUGGAGGAUGGUGGGGGUGACAGGACACUGAAACGUGAAGGCAGUAAGUCACAAAUACAAAUCAAAUAUGUUGCUCCUAGCAAAGCUCCCCCGCCGUCAACGUCCAAGGAAGUCGUCACACGGAGGGAAAGCUUCAGAAGGAUGUUGAUCGCUCGCACCACUGGACAACUCAAUCCCCCUACGUUAUGUAGCGAGGAAAUGUCCGGGGCCUCAGGGGUCAGUGGAUCAAAUACCAAAUCUGAAAAUGACGUUAUUCCCGAGCAAGUGGAUAUUGAUCUUGAUGCAUUAAAAUUAGAAAAAGCGAAAGUUGAUAGAAAUUUGUCAUUCCAGUCAAAGUUAGAAAGAAAGACUUCAAUCCAAACAAGUUUAGAAAGAAAUAGACUUAGUCAAUCGAAAGGCCAGUCGACAUUAGAAAGAAAAUCCUCCAGUCAAUCGAAAGGCCAGUCAACGCUAGAAAGAAAAUCUUCCAGCCAAUCCAAAGGCCAGUCAACAUUAGAAAGAAAAUCGUCUAACCAAUCAAAAGGCCAGUCAACAUUAGAAAGGAAAUCAUCGAAGCAAUCGACUUUAGAGAGGAAGGCUUCAAACCAAUCGAAAGUUGAAAGGACUUCGUCUAUUCAGUCUCAUACGAGUAGUGUGUCUGGAGGUAGUUCUGUGUCUAUGACCGAGAGAAGCUCUCCUAGCGGAGAUCAUGACUCGUACUUAAAUUUGAGCUUUGUGCCUCCGGUGGGGAAUUACAUGAGAGAGGAGACAGUGAAAAAGAUAAAGGAAUUAACUGAGAGGGAAGAGGAGUUCAAUAAAGACUACCUCUGUGAUUCCGACCCCGAGGAGGAGGGAAUCAAGAGACGCAUUGGUCCACUAAAAAUGGCCGCUCUGAAUGGUCUGACAUUGUCACGGCCAAUGGUUCUAGCCCUCAUGAACGAUGAGAGUAGGGCGCCGAAAGAUGAAAGGAGGAAGUUGCUAGAAACAAAACUGUCAGAGAAUCUCGUAUUUAAAGAAUUUGAAGAAAUUCCUAAAAAGGCACCGUCAAUGGAAUGUCAGUGUGCAAAACUUACCGAAAAUGAAUCUCGUAAUCGAUUCCGCGAUGUCCUUCCCUACGAUACUACGAGGGUGAAAAUUAGUCCAAGGAAAGACAACCCAUCUGGAUAUAUAAACGCAUCCCAUGUAAAGCUGCCUGUAGAUGACAGGGUGUGGUGGUACAUAGCUACACAGGCGCCCAUGUCAAACACAGCCGUCGACUUUUGGCAGAUGGUCUGGGAACAGGAAGUGGAUGUGAUUGCCAUGCUUACUGCCGUUGUGGAGCUUGGAAAAAGAAAAUGUUACGAGUAUUGGCCCCAGGAAAUUGGACCAGAACACAAGAUCAUAUUUGGCCAGUUUGAAGUGACCCUGAUGUUCUGUAACGACUCCCUGUGUUAUGUGACUAACAGAAUAUCUGUAGUCCAUCUUCCUACCAAGAAAGAGCGCCAGUUGUGGCACCUCCAGUACACAGACUGGCCUGAUCACGGCUGUCCUGAGGACAUGUACGGCUUCCUGGGCUUCUUGGAUGAGGUGGAGUCAGUACAAAGACUGGCAGAGAGCGAGGAGGGUAGCGGGAAGAAGCUGCCAAUCCUCGUCCACUGUAGCGCAGGUGUGGGGCGUACAGGUGUAGUCAUCCUCACACAAGUCAUGAAGUGGUGUCUGGAACACAAUCAUGAUAUAGAUCUACAGAAAGCUCUCGGAUCAAUCCGUCAGCAGCGCAUGUACCUGGUCCAGACGGUCGGACAAUACAACUUUAUACACAAGACACUGAUACAGUAUCUGAAAAAUACACGACUCAUAUAAACUGACUGCAAUGCUACUGAGAAUUACACCUUUAAUUAUAUAUCACUAGAACUGUGGAAGGAGCGAUUCAGCUCACAGGCCAAUUCAACGAGAUGAAGAUUUCUAGUGUAGCACAGAUGCUGGUCAGAAAGUGCUGCUAAGGAAGGCUACAGGUAGCCUUUUCACCAAGAAACGGACCUUUUGCGUUGAUUUGAAAGUUGAACCUCGCUGUUAAAAAUCAGGGAUUGUAGAAUAUACAGUAUUUUAUGUGAUUUUAACUUAAACUAGCAAGAUCCAUUGACUUUAUGGCAUUCAAAAUGGAUGGCUACUAGUUGAAUAGUGCUUACAAUGCAUCAGCAUUUGAUGAGUCGACACAAGUUUUAUUUUCGGAUGUUAUAGUAAUCAUUCAGCAUGUAAGAUUAUUUUACAUGUUGGCAUCAAAGGUUAAAAGGUCACACAAUGGAAUGUGCUACAAGAGGUUUAGAUGUUGUGCACGUUUAAAAAGUGGAUUGUUAACAUUUAAAAUUUCUAAAUGUUCUGUAUGUGAAAAUGUGAAAAAUAAUGUUUUACAUGUCCGAAAAAAACUGUUCACCAGGUGUGAAAUGUUUGGAAUUGUUUGAAAUGUUAUGCUUCAUUUGUGCCAUAUACACACAUCGAUAUUAAAAGGAAAAUGUUUUCAAUUACAUGUACAAAUUACUUCAUUAUCAGCAUUCUAUAGAAAAAUAGAUAACGGAAUCUCAGUUUUGAAACUUUGUCACUAUUAUAAAACAGUAAAAAAGGAAAUAGAAUUCUUCUGCUUUGUGAUAUUUAUCAUUUGGAUUAUGAUUUAUUUGGACAUAUAUUUUGAGACAUUACUCCCUGUAUGUUCAUAUUUAUCAACAAGCUUGACAUAGAUUUGUAGUUCAUAUCACAAUUAGCCAGAAGUAUUCCGACAUUUUGUUUCAAUUUUAUAGCAGUAUGACAUUGGUUAAUUGAAGCCAGACAGAUGUAUAAAAAGGUUAUCAAAACAUCAGAAUGAUUUGGACUUUAUCACCAGCUUUAAUGUCACUGAUGUGUGUCCACCUUGGAUAUCUCUUUAAUAGAGGAUGAGGAUGCGAUAAUAAGAAUAAUUGUUUGCUUAUUAAAGGAAACAUCCAGUUGUUUCAAUCUUCCCAUGAUAUUACGCCAUAGCGAGAUAGGAAAUUGAAAAUGAUUAUAAAAUAAUAUAAACCCAUGUAGAAUAAUAGCAUGCAAUAUAAUAGUUUUAAUUGUUUCUUGUGAUAUUUUUAGAAAUUGUUUGAUUUAGAUUUAUAUAUAUAUAUAUACAUGUAUAUCUGUUUUUUUUUUUUUUUUUUUUUGUAAAAUGUCUAGAGAUCUAAAAUUAUUCAUUUAAAUGCCAUUGAUAGUGAUAAUUUGAGAUAAUUCUACAGAUUAAGAGUUCAGUGAUCAGUUUAGAAUCAUUUAAAUCAUUAUCCUGAAAUAGUGUAUAAACAAGCCAAAAUUGAAGUUAUUUUAAUUCAUUAUAAUUCAAUAAUUACAUUUCAAUUUGAAUUUUUAAUUGGAUAAAAAUGCCAAAUGUUUUGAUAUAAAUGAUCAGCAAUUCUAUUAGAUUACAAUAUCCAUGUACCCAUUAUAUACUCAAUUUACAACGACUCAUUCUUUGAUCCACAUAAAAAUGUAUUUGUGAAUGUAAACUCAUGCUUUGAUCCACAUAUUUGUGAAUGUAAAUUUCGUUUAAUUGAUCUAGUCAUUGAUUGAAGUGUUCUGUUUGUUGAAAAUGACUUGUUUUGUGGAAUUUUUUCAUCCCAUUUUCAUUGCUUCUGUUAAAUAUCAUCUUAGUUUUCACUGAAGUAAUAAGUUUUUCUGUGUAUUUUUUGUAUGAGAGACAAAUAUGUUAGAGCUAUUUACAUUGUACUUAUAAAGGUAGGAAUUUGUUUCAAGGUCAACAAUUGAUACCUUAAUCUUCUUCAAAGGAUAUCAAUGCCAGUGGGUGUUAUUUUCACUGUUUUCAAGGAUAGUAUUAAAUCACAAAAAUAACAGACAUCAAAAAUAAAAAUAAAAUUAUCAUCUGUUUGACAGCCUUUAAGAAAAACACAUUCUUUUUGCAUUAAAUGUUGUUUCACAAUUUCCGAAAGAAAAAAGACAUCAUUUAUGCAUCAAAUAUUUGUUAAAACCACAGAGAUUGUGAACUAUCGAAAAAAUAAACCUUAGCAGUAUUUUUGAAAUGUUUCUAGGAGUAAAGCCGAGUUGAAAGGUGAUCAUUAUUAAGUAGAAUGGUUGUGACUUUGUAUGCCAGUAUGAUGUGAUUGAGAUUUCUUGGUGCAAUAUAUAUGGUGUGUAGUUAUUUUAUUUCCGACAAGUUUAAAUGUAUUUAAUUCAUAUUAUAUAUUUACAGGCAUGAAUUUUCAUCAGAGACAAUUAAAGGUACACUUACUAUGUGUUGUACUAUUUUAGGAGCAAUUGAGAAUCACCAGGAGUUAUAUUUUUUAAUAACAUUUUUAAGUUUAUGGUACAGAUAUGAGAUAUGGAAUAAUAUCUGUGUUUUAUAUUUGGUAUAUAUUGAAGGUGGUUGUGAAUUUGUGAUUUAGUCUGGGCCCUGCUUCUUUAGAUAACGGUAUUAUUUGUUAGAAAUAAGGCUUAAUUAAAUUCAGGAGAGUUAAUUUGAAUCAUGUCUGGUAAAUUCUGAUAAUCUUGUAUAAAAAAAAAACUUAUGCAAUUUUUCAGACUAAAUUUUACAUUCAAAAUUCAUUGUACAUGUUCUUCAUAAUGGGUGUCUUUUUCAAGUUUUGGACAGUUGUGCCUUUUUAGUUCAAUGUGUUAUGACGUUAUAUGCAGAAAUGAUAUUCUGGUACUAGCUUUUUAAAUUGCGAACAUGUAAAGGGAGAUAACUCUACAGGUGUUUUUGUUACAUGGAAACAAAAUGGCCAGACUACAAGAUUUCACUGUACAAUAUUCAACAUAGUGUAUUUCAUUAAUAAUAUUAUUGUGUCUUUUUUUUUCAAAUAAUGAAAAUCAUUAUAUCGUAAUUAUACAGGCAUAGAUUUUUUCUUUCAUUUUAACAAUAAUAUAUUGUAUUGUACAUAUAUAUACUUAUACUUAUGUAAAAAUUGCUUCCUUAUUCAGACUGUAAAACAGACAAACAAUUCAACAUAUGUAUGUGGUAUUUGUAACAUUUUUGUUCCCAUGAAAUAUAUUUCAUAAUGAAGUCAUAAAAUGUAGCCGAUAUAUAUAUAUUGCUUAUUUUUUCAUUUUUCUUGCAGUUUAAAUUUGUAUUAUAUCUUUCAUUAUCAAACUAAAAGUGGAUCUUUAAAUUUUUAUUUUUUUUUCAUUCAAAAAAUCUUUCAUGUAUAAUGAAGUUUCAUGAUUAAUGUAUCUUCAUAAGAUAAAUAAAUCAUGUACUUGAGUAUUUUCUUUUUUACUCCUAUAAUGAACACAUAAAAUGAAUUUUACUGACUGUGAUACUGACAAAAGGUUGUAUUUACCGUAAAACACUUCAGUAUUGUCAAAAUCUCAAGUCUUAUCUGAUAAAGAAAUUAUAGUGCAACUUACGUUUAUUCUAUGGAAAGGAUGGGAGGCAGUUUUCAACCAAUCUCCCAAGACUUUGAAACCAUUCGUCUAUACUAUACUUCAUAUGUUUAAUUUUGCAUGUAUAUUGCACAUUGCUGUAGUCUUUAAACUAAUACCUCCCAUCCUUUCUAUAAAAUACUUUCGGAGUAUAUGGUAGAUAUCAGUAUUAUCAUAGCUGUGUUCCCUAUGAUUCUGGGGAUUGUUAGUGGUGUAAAGACUAGAAAUCCAUUAUAGUAUGAUGUGGCUACGUCUUGCCAAACAGAUUUAAACUACAAAAUAUGUAUAUUCUUGUCAGAACUUCGUCAUUAUGUAGGAGGGUAACACCCAAGAUAUUUCGUUUUAUUGUCCUAGAAUAAAUCAGAUUUAAUCAAAUCUUGUUGUUAUGCUGAAUAACAAUUAAUCAUUACAAAUUAUUUUCAUAUUUGAUACUUAAUAUUUGAUUUCUGCAUAAUACAAUGGAAAAUCUUCAUCGUCAAUACAUGUACUGUACUAAAUUAGCAACAGGUAAAGGGAGAUUAUCCAUUAUUUUAAACUUAUUUAAUGUAUUGUCCGAUAGAUAACUUCAUCAUAAAUAAUCUUUUCAUUUCGUCAGGAUAUAUCAUCUACAUUUCUUUAAUACUUUAGAUCUGUUUGUGGAAUCUCUUUAUUGGACAUGGUGGGGAUGUUGCUGGGGACCAUAUGUCUGUGUUGAUAUUUGUUUGUACUAUAACUUCAGAAAACAGGAGAUAUGUAAGGCAACUUUAAUUACCCUAAUGGAGCACCAGUUUAUCAGUCACUUUUGAAAUCUGCAGAAUAUUCUACUUGUAAUUUUUUCAUCACAUUCAUCAAAUUAUUUGCCAAACUAUGGCAUAUUACACAAUUGUAAUACAUUUGUGAUAAGUAUUUCACAAUAUGAUUACAUUUGUAUAUAUAUUAUUCUGUUUUUUUAAAUAUUUCCAAUGAUGUCUACAUUGAUGAAAGUAGAAAGAUUGUUCACUACAGUACUCUGAAAAUAAAAAUCCAGUUUCUUUGAAUCGUAUCGUAAAUGGCACCAACAAUUUUUGUUUGUCUCCAUGUACACCUAUCAUCAUACACUUGUUACAUAUUUUGUUAAUCAUUUAUCAUGGAAGUAUUUAUCCUAUUUUGAAUUUCCUAUACAUGUACCAUGAAAACCUGUACACUGCCAUUACGGCAUCCAGCAGGAUUGCAAAAAAUAAAAAUACAAGCCGAA